AACUAAUCCUAUAAACCAAAAUUAUUAAUCCGAUUUGAUUCAUGGUUUCAAUUUAAUGAAUUGAGAAAGUAAAAUUUUUAAAAAUUUUGAGAGCUUCGAAAACUUUACCUCCUUUCAAGACUUUUCACCAGACAAAUCCACCGCUGCCAUGUCUUCCCUUCGAAAACCACCACCCAUCGCUUUCCGAAAAGGUUAACUAAUCUCUCUUUCCCCCUUUUCUACUUUCGGUGACCGCAAAAGCUUUCUCCCAUUAAAAUCCACAGGCGCAAUCAGUCCUUCAGAUCUGCUCUAUCUCUGACAAAAACUUCCAGAGAGAGAAGAAAGGGACAAAGGUCAGUUAUCUAUAGAGUGAGGAGGGAAAGAGGUAGGGCUUCUCUGCGCCAUGGAGGAAAAGCUGAUCUCCAGGCUCGAAUCGGCCGUGGCGCGGUUGGAGGCGCUGUCAGUUUCGGCAUUCAGGGACCGCGGCGUUGCGGACUUUGGUGGAGCUGAUGUGACCGUGGAUCCGUCAAUUGUGGCAUUCGACGAUCUCUUAGGGCAGUUCUUUGGUAGGGUUUCGGCUGCUGCUGAGAAGAUUGGAGGACAGGUUUUGGAGGUUACGAAGAUUGUACAAGAAGCUUUUAGAGUUCAGAAGGAGCUUCUCGUUAAGGCUAAGCAAACUCAGAAACCUGACCUUGCAGAGUUGGCUGAAUUUCUCAAGCCAUUGAAUGAAGUUAUCAUGAAAGCAAAUGCAAUGACAGAGGGAAGGAGAUCGGAUUUCUUUAACCACUUGAAGUCUGCUGCUGACAGUCUGACAGCUUUGGCAUGGAUUGCCUAUACAGGAAAAGAUUGUGGUAUGAGCAUGCCUAUUGCACAUGUUGAAGAGAGUUGGCAAAUGGCUGAAUUUUACAACAACAAGAUUCUUGUAGAGUACAAAAGCAAGGACCCAAAUCAUGUUGAGUGGGCCAAAGCCAUGAAGGAGUUAUAUCUUCCAGGUUUGAGGGAUUAUGUUAAGAGUAAUUAUCCCUUGGGCCCAACAUGGGGUGUUUCUGGCAAAGCACCAGCUUCUGCUCCAUCUAAAGCUCCUGCUCCUCCACCACCUCCACCUGCCUCUCUCUUCAGUGCUGAAUCUUCUCAGCCUUCGUCAUCAAAGCCAAAAGAAGGGAUGGCUGCUGUUUUCCAAGAAAUCAACACAAGCAAGUCUGUGACUGCAGGUCUUAGAAAGGUCACAGCUGAUAUGAAGACGAAGAACCGUGCAGAUAGAACUGGUGUUGUUGGUACCAGUGAGAAGGAAGGCCGUACUAGUUCACCUUCUUUUUCUAAGGCAGGACCUCCAAAACUUGAGCUUCAAAUGGGUCGUAAGUGGGUUGUUGAAAAUCAAAUUGGAAGAAAGAAUUUAGUAAUUGAUGACUGUGAUGCAAAACAGUCAGUAUAUGUUUUUGGUUGCAAAGAUUCUGUUUUGCAGAUUCAAGGGAAAGUCAACAAUAUAACCGUUGACAAAUGCACUAAGAUGGGAGUUGUAUUUACGGAUGUUGUGGCUGCUUGUGAGAUUGUAAAUUGCAGUGGUGUUGAGGUGCAAUGCCAGGGUUCGUCCCCAACUGUUUCUGUGGACAACACAUCAGGCUGCCUGUUAUAUUUAAGCAAAGAUUCUUUGGGAGCAUCUAUAACUACUGCCAAGUCAAGCGAGAUCAAUGUUUUGAUACCGGGUGCAGAGUCUAAUGGUGAUUGGGUGGAGCAUGCUUUGCCACAACAGUUCAUAAAUUCUUUUAAAGAUGGCCACUUUGAAACUACUCCAGUCUCCCACUCUGGGGGUUGAUAGUCUUAUAUUUCAAAAUCAGGUUUCCAGUUUCUUUUUUUUUUUUUUUUUUGGAUGGCUGAGGGGUGUGGCUUCAACGCAGAGAUGUGUAUUUUUUGUUUCCUUGAUUCAAUUUGCUGUUGAUAUAUGAAUGCCAUACAUUAUUUAUGGUCUUGGUUAUUCUCAUGUUUAUUCCUUGGGUAUAACCAACUUUUGGAAAUUUCCUCAUUAUUUUUUGGUGUUUGUUUCUAGACGUAUGUCUUGUUGUGAGGGUUUUCUGACUGCGAUUGUGUUGUAAUCAGAACCAAGUUUUGUACUAUUUUUGUAUGUGAAAGUUUCUUAUUUUA